AUUUAUGCAUAACAGCUAUGCAUUCAACAGAACUAAAAGAACUAUCGGUAUAUUCAAACGGCCCGACAAACUAGAGGCCAUAGCCAGCUAUCUGUCACCCGAACCUGAUUCCCGACUCCGCACCCGUUUCUAUUUGUAUACCCGCCGUAAUGCCGAUCAAUCACAGGAGCUUACCAUUGGUAACCCGGGYCGRUUGGCCCGAUCGUGGUUUGAUCACCGUAGGCCAAUCAAAUUUGUUAUCAACGGUUGGCUGGAUAACCGAUAUUUUGCCAAAUGGGUCCGAUCGGGUAUCAGUGCACUGUUAGCCCACGGCGACUAYAAUGUCAUAUAUGUUGGCUGGAAAUCAAUCAAUGAGCUGUUUGUGGCCGCAAUUACCAUCAAAUUGUUUAGUCAAGAUUUGGCUCAGUUUAUCAUAUUUUUAAAGAAUACUUAUGGCAUCGAUGGUGAAACUAUUCACUGUAUCGGCCAUUCAUUGGGAUCGUUAUUAUGCGGUUUUGCCGGUGCUAUCACAUACAUGGGCCGAGUUAGCGUACUGGACGCUGGACCGCGUGCUUGGUUUGAACCGUUACCCGAAUGGCAACGUAUUAACCGAUGGCAGGCCGGGUUUGUCGACGUCAUACACAGCGACUACAACCCUAAACUGUCGUGGGGUCUGACCUUACCGGUCGGCGAUGUCGACUUUUACCCCAACUCGGCAGCAACUCAGCCGGGAUGYGCCCGCGAUAUGAUUGUACAGGCCGUACGCGAACUCCGGGAUGAAGGCCUGGUAGUCGGUGUCUAUCAGUGGCUCAGGUAUACACUGUUUUGUUCGCACUAUCGUUCCCAUGAAUGGUGGUUCGAGUCRGUGGUAGCCAAUCACCAUAAGUGUACGUUCAUUGGUGUCCGAUGUCCAUCCUAUAGUAUGUUUAUGACCGGCCAGUGUGGCUGCCAUAAUGAUAAUGAUGGUUAUAGUGGUAGURGACAGUCAUCCUUGUGUGCCGUUAUGGGUAUCGAUGCCGAUAGGAUGGUCGGUACCGGUGCUGCUGCCAGUGAUGUCAAACAUAGGUCAGCCGGCAAAUGGUUUAUCAAGACAUCCGAUUUUAUCAAAGAGACCGGAAGUCAUUGCCUGUUUCAAUACCAGAUAGUCAUACAAUUGUCGGUACAAUUGUUUCCGAUUAUCAAUGGGACGGUUGUACUAACCAUUCACGGCGAAGACAGUGGUGAUAUUAGCGAAGAGCUGAUCCAUACGGAAGAUUUUCGUCUAUAUCCUGGCCUACGGUUCGGUAAGCUGGCCGUCCGUAUGCGUCAGAUUGGACACAUCAAACAUCUAUCGAUUAGUUGGUCACCGAUGCCGAUGAUGACGACGACUAUGUUGAUGACAGAUAGACAAGCACUUCCAUCACCAGCACCGCUAAGUAGUAGUUGGAUUAGCUUAGAGUUUGUCAAAGUAUCGCCAAUAGUGAUGACACCGGAGCCGAUAACACGACUGUUUUGUUGUCCAUCACAGAUGAUUAUCAAACCGUCACAAACAAUAACAUUAAUAGAUUGUUAA